AUGAGUCUGGAUAUCCUCGCAAGACACGCGACAGCGGAAAAGAUAUCGGAGAUACAGAUGUCGAGGACAAAUACAAGAAAGACAGGAAGAAAUACGGAGAUCUGGAUGACGACUAUGAGUCUGGAUAUCCUCGGAAGAUCGGCGAUACAGAUAUCGAUGACAAAUACAAGAAAGACAGGAAGGAAUACGGCGAUCUGGAUGACGACAUUGAGUCUGGUUAUCCACGCCAAUCACGUGACAGCAGAAAAGACAUCGGAUAUACAGAUAUCGAUGAAGUCUGGAUAUCCUCGCAAGACACGCGACAGCGGAAAAGAUAUCGGAGAUACAGAUAUCGAUGACAAAUACAAGAAAGACACGCAGAAAUACGGCGAUCUGGAUGACAAUAAUGAUUCUGUAUAUACAGGCAAGUCACGUGACAGCGAAAAAGACAUCGGCGAUACAGAUAUCGAUGACAAAUACAAGAAAGACAGGAAGGAAUACGGCGAUCUGGAUGACGACAUUGAGUCUGGUUAUCCACGCCAAUCACACAUCGGAGAUACAGAUAUCGAUGACAAAUACAAGAAAGACAGGAAGGAAUACGGAUAUCCACGCAAUAGACGUGACAACGAAAAAGAAAUCGGAGAUACAGAUGUCGAUGACAAAUACAAGAAACACAGGAAGAAAUACGGCGAUCUGGCUGACAAUAAUGAUUCUGGAUAUCCACGCAAGACACGUGACAACGGUCAAGACAUCGGAGAGGCAGAUAUCGAUGACAAAUACACGAAAGACAGGAAGAAAUACGGCGAUCUGGAUGACGACUACGAGUCUGGAUAUCCUCGCAAGACACGCGACAGCGGAAAAGAUAUCGGAGAUACAGAUGUCGAGGACAAAUACAAGAAAGACAGGAAGAAAUACGACGAUCUGGCUGACAAUAAUGAUUCUGGAUAUCCACGCAAUAGACGUGAACGACUAUGA